GCUGCGCAGCGGGGCCGCCCCCCCUCCCCAUCCCAGCAGCGCCAGCGGCGCCGCAACAGGAUCCAGCCGGAUCGCGCGCGCCCCGCCCCGAGCGCGCCGCCGCCGCAUUGGCCCGCGCGCCUCACGUGCCGCGCGCGUCCCCGCCUGCCCUCACGGGCCGCUCCCGCUCCUGGUCCCGGUCCCGCUCCUGGUCCCGGUCCCGGUCUCGGUGCCGGUGCCGGACCCCAUGGCGGAGAGCGGCGCCUGGCUGCUGGUGCUCAGCGCCGUGUUCCUCUGCAACGCGCUCAAGAUCCUGCUGCCCUCCUGCUCCUCCAUCAUAUCCAGGCUGUUACAGAAGGAUGCAGAGCAGGAAUCCCAGAUGAGAGCUGAGAUCCAGACCAUGAAGCAGGAGCUUGCCACCAUCAGUAUGAUGGAUGAGUUUGCCAGAUAUGCCCGGCUGGAGAGGAAGAUUAACAAAAUGACUGACAAGCUCAAAACCCAUGUGAAAGCACGAACUGCCCAAUUAGCCAAAAUAAAGUGGGUCAUAAAUAUUGUAUUUUACAUAUUGCAGGCUGCCCUGAUGAUCUCCCUGAUCUGGAAGUAUUACUCCGAGCCCGUCACGGUGCUCCCAAGCAAAUGGUUGGCUCCCCUGGAGCGCCUGGUGGCCUUCCCUACAGGAGUGGCAGGAGGUGUGGGAAUCACCUGCUGGCUCGUGGUCUGCAAUAAAGUUGUAGCUAUCAUGCUGCAUCCCUUCAGCUGAAGGAAUCCCAGCAAUCCCUGGACUCCUCAACUGCAUUUUUGUUAUCACUCUUUUAAUUUAAUUUUUAAAGAAGGAGAGUUAUCUUUCAUGAGAAAGGUCUGAGACAAUCCUUGUUAUCCCAUUUGGAUAUCAGUCAGUCCUUUGGAUUUCUCUUCCCAGAGUUUGUCUUUCAGUUUGGAAAGAACAGCACUGCUGGUUAUAAAACCUCACUUUGGGUUUAUCUGUGGCAGAACCAUAAGGUUUUGUCAUGGCCUGUUGUCACCAACACCUAGAAGUGUUGGAUUUGUGGUUUUAAAUUGAAAUGUGCUGGCUUUAGGAGUUAAUUUGGGAGCUUGGCUGUUCGCUGUAAAAUGUGGUAGCUACACCCCGAGGUGGGAUCGUGUUGGGUGGUGCAGAGGGCAGGGGGAGGUCGUUUGCUUGGCUUGGGGCAAAAGAGAAUUUCCUUGUAAUUUUUUACCCUAAAAUUGGAAUAUUCUCGAGCUCUCCUAAAACAAUAGAUGUGUUUAAUCAAGAUUUUAUCUCUUAAGAGGUUUCUUCAGCUGCCAAACACAGGCUCCUUUCAAUGAAGCAGGAGACAGGGCUGUUCCUGCAGAGGGGAUGCUGAUUUAGCUUCCCACUCUGGAAUUCCCACUCUGGAAUUCCCACAGAGGAAUGAUCUAUUCUGCUAUUCCAGGGCCUUUUCCUCCCUGCAGGAAGGAAGGGGCCAGAACCCCUCCAAAACUGGCACUGCCUUCAAAACCCAGUUCAAAAGUUCAGGGUGUAUUGUGUGUGUAUAUAUGGAUUAAAUAUUUUUGUUUGGUUGGGUUUUUUAAAUGUUAAUUUAAAAAUUGGGAUUUUAUUUUAGCCAACAUGAAAAUAAAUAUCAAGGAAAAAAUGUUGUGAUUGAAUCUUAUGUAUAAUUGUGUUGUUAUUAAGGAAAUAAAGCUUUUCAACCCAU